CUUGGUUUUACUAUCCACAGACUUUUUCCUCACGGAGGCAGCAGAGCUUUACAAAGACUCUUUAAAAGGUCACAAGCAGCUGCAAAGCAGCAGCAGCAGCACUCAGACAGAGACAGUUUGGAUAGAAGCCAUUAAAUAUCCAAAGCAGACUAAAAAAAACCUGUGGGCAACAACAAUGAAGAUGGCUAACCUUUGCUGGGUGGUUGUGACGCUGACAUUGUUCCUGGCGGGUGAAAACAGUGUUGCUGCCACAGACAAAGAGCAGCUCGCAGAUAUAGUAAAAUUUAUCAUGAAUAGGUUUAAUAUAAAAACCCAGGUCAGUGUGGCUGUAAACAUCCCAAUGAAAACAACCCAGAACUACCUGCAAGAGGUCUUUAAGAAGGCCACUACUGCUGCAGUAAAGAGGAAGCUUAACCAGGCCUCAGUGUACCCAGGUGACUCCAGUGACAACACGGUGGUUGUUGCAAAACCUGACUUUCAAGAGCGAUACACUGAUCACGCAGAGGCACGUGUUCUGGAAAACAUACAACCCUUAGCUGACAGCAGUAAUGCUACUUUUCUAGUCUUCUACUCUUUCUAUUCCCCAUGUGGUUCAAAAUGUACAAACAUGAAAAACAAGAACAAUAUCAUAUCCAAGAUUGAUGAACUCAUCACCAAAUGGAAACAACAUGCCUUUGUGUUUUCCAGAGUGUUUGACAAGACCGGUACAGGUAUAACCAUUGACAAGGCUGAGUCAGUUGAGGCCCUCAAACAGUUGGGGAACUCUAGAAUUGGUCACGAAAACAUAUUCCGUUGUUACAAACCAAAGAAUAAAGAUUUCCAAUGCAUCAGCUGCUUCAUGGACAAGAACGUUGUGAAAGAAUGUGUUGUUAAUGAUGACUGAAGACUGAUAAUAUCUGAGAAAGGGAUGUCAGCAGAGAGACUAACUUGUUUUAAGAGGGAAAAGGUUAUUCAAAUAUUACCUAUCAUAAGAAAUUAUGUAUGCUUUUGUUUCAUGCCACUAGCCUAUUUCUAAAACUUCACUUGAUGCUGUGUUAGAUAACUGGCCGUAUUUCAAUCAAUAAACAUGUAUUUACUUUACCUCACGGUUCUCUGUACCUCCGUAAACAUUACCAAAUCCUUUGACAUUCUGCUCUGUCUAAUUAAAGCUUGACUUAGCAUCUA